UUUAAACGUCAUAUUCAGUUAAGGUGUAAAAUAGGCGUCCGCAGGGCCUCCGAUAACUUUCUUCCCUGAUCAACUGUCGCCUCGCCAAGAUGAGCGCCCCUCCGCCGAACGAAGCUGAGAAGAAUAUCGAGAUCUGGAAGGUCAAGAAGCUGAUCAAGCGUCUUGAAUCCGCUCGUGGAAAUGGAACCUCCAUGAUUUCGCUCAUUAUCCCCCCCAAGGAUCAGAUUAGCAGAGCAGCCAAGAUGUUGGCUGAAGAGUAUGGUACCGCCUCCAACAUUAAGUCUCGAGUGAACCGACUCUCCGUGCUGUCGGCCAUUACCUCUACUCAGCAGCGUCUGAAGCUCUACAACAAGGUCCCUCCCAAUGGACUGGUCGUGUAUUGUGGUGAAAUUAUCACCUCGGAAGGAAAGGAGCGCAAAAUUAACAUCGAUUUCGAACCGUUCAAGCCCAUCAACACCUCCCUCUACCUUUGUGAUAACAAGUUCCACACUGAAGCCUUGAGUGAACUUCUCGAGGCUGAUCAGAAGUUCGGUUUCAUUGUCAUGGAUGGUAACGGUACUCUGUUCGGUACUCUCAGUGGUAACACUCGUGAGAUCCUUCAGCGUCUCACCGUUGAUCUGCCCAAGAAGCACGGCCGUGGUGGUCAAUCCGCUCUGCGUUUCUCGCGUCUCCGUGAGGAAAAGCGUCACAACUACGUCCGCAAGAUCGCCGAGUUGGCUGUUCAGAACUACAUCACCAACGACAAGCCUAAUGUCGCCGGUCUGGUGUUGGCUGGUUCCGCCGAUUUCAAGAACGACCUGAACCAGUCCGACCUGUUCGAUGGUCGUCUGCAAUCCAAGGUUAUCAAGAUUGUCGAUGUUUCCUACGGUGGCGAGAACGGUUUCAACCAGGCCAUUGAAUUGGCUGGCGAGACCCUGAGCAACGUCAAGUUCGUUCAGGAGAAGAAGCUUAUUGGCCAGUACUUCCAGGAGAUUAGUCAAGAUACCGGCAAGGUCUGCUACGGUAUUGAAGACACACUCAAGGCAAUGGAGCUUGGUGCUGCUGAAAUCUUGAUCGUCCACGAGAACUUGGAGAUCACUCGCUGGGUCAUGAAGAAUGCGGAAGGCAACACGGUCAUUGUCCACACAAACAAGGCCCAGGAAGCCAACAAGGACCUUUUCCAGGACAAGGAAACUGGAAUGGAUAUGGAGGUUAUUGAAUCAGGCUCUUUCCUCGAGUGGCUUGCUGAGGCCUACAAGGACUUCGGUGCCAACCUGGAGUUCGUGUCUGACCGAUCCGGCGAAGGAAACCAGUUCGUCAAGGGAUUCGGUGGUAUCGGUGCCAUUCUCCGAUACAAGGUCAACUUUGAACAGCUUGCCGAUCACAGCGAUGAUGACGAGUUCUACGACGAGAGCGAGGAUGAACGGCCAGAAGCUCCCGCGGCGAGUCUUUUGACGGCUCGCCCUGUGGAUCAUACAGGCGGCUCCCGCAAUGGAACCAAGGCAUCCGUAAAGGAUAACAAAAAAGUGUCGUCCAAGCUCCAAGAUACGCACACUGAGGUCACCUCAGUGUCUGAGAUGAAGAUGAGGUUUAAAUUGCAAUUUGAAAGGUUGGGUGCAGUUUUCUGCAACAUUUGGUCAUCCACCGCUGCUUGCACUGCUUACUCUAUGUGAGCCGGACGGCGUUGGAUUGUUUUAUAUUUCUCAGCCAGUUCUGUCGUUUCAUCUCUGAAUGGCAUUAUUUGGUACUUCGCUCCUUAUUUGCUCGUUAUUAAAAAAAAGCACCCGAAAGGGUUGAUAUAGAAGGUGCUAUUUUAUUGUUUAUUAAUUUGCUGCUUUAUCUUGCGCUGUACACUUUGUCCAUACCAUCGACAGUGC